UAAUUCAGGCCUGUAUCUUAUCGUUUUCCUUAGCAACAGCGUUACCAUUGUGUUUCUAUCCUUUCAGGUACGGCUGUUCAUCAGAUACGGGGGCUUCAUCUUUUGUCUUUGAGGAAUUGGACAACGCUGGCCUCUUCCUUUUCUUCUGUUGUUAUCGGAAUGACAUGUGUAAAUACACAGUUUAUACGCGAUCGAAGCAGCAUUGAUCGGAGUGUAUAUAAAGCAGCAAUCUGCCACUUAUAAAAAAAAAAUAUCUGUGCUGCUGUGCCCGACAGAACACAUUAGCCUUGUCGUGUAAAGAAUUAAUUCAUUGAAGAAGGGAAGAGAAGAAGAGCCAAAAAGCAGCAUUAAUUUGUGACAAGCGUAGAAAGUUAGCAACACAGAAGGAAUGGACAGUGCUUCAAAUGAACAAACACAUCAAAGGAAACCGCUGCUUAAUCUCUCUCUGAUAGAUUUUAUACCAUUAGGAUUUCCACACAAAUUGACGGAAUUUGUCACAUAUAGGAAAAAGAGAGUUCGUACCUUGAUAAAUCAAUAUACUUUUGUGAAGGGAGUUGAAAAUUGACAGGUAUCUAAUCUUCAGAUCAAUGUAUGGUCACGGUAACAACAAUGUCCAUAAUUUCAGACUCACAGUGACCAUUUAACGAUGUUGGGGAGGCACUUGGAGUAAUUUUCUCACUUUUUUCACUGCCAUUCUCAUUUGCAAGAUGCAGGCAAUAUACGCCGGAGGGUCCACUCCUACCCCCUCCCCGCGUGUCCACAGAAAACAAUUUGGGUACGGUAGACCUGUUAUGCCAGGAUAUUCUUUUCCACACAAACAAUCUUCUCCUUUGCAUCAUAAGAGUACGUCUAAAGAUUCUGAGGACUCUUCGUCUAAGGAGACUAACUUCCGGGACUCUAUACCGGCUAUGUGUACGGCAGUGGCCUUUGUGUGCUUUAUAUGUAACAUCAUCAUGCCAGGAUUAGGUACUUUUCUUUCUGGUCUCAGUGUCCUUUGUGGUUCCAGAAUGAGGCUGAAGGACAACACGAAAUCCAAGGUGGUGCUGGUCAACUGUUGGGUGGCCUUUCUUCAACUCUUUACUACAAUCUUUCUUCUCUUGGGUUGGAUAUGGAGUAUUGUCUGGGGGACAUUAUUCCUCUCCUACACAGAUGAAUUCUAUAAGAUCAAAGAAAAGGAGAAAGAAAAGAGUGACCCAGAAAAAUUACAAGAGGAGCGUGUCAAACUCCCAGCUUCACCUGCAAAGCCACGUAACAACCCACAAACAAACUCAUCACCCAAGCCUUCAACGAAUGCGCAAGCUCAGAGAAUCCCGGUGCAACAGAUUCAACGUCAAAUUCCCUCGACGUCAUCAUCUAGUGAUCAUCAAAUCAUAACUUUACAAGAACUUCCUAACAUAAAUAGUGAGGAGACAGUGGCUUCGGAUCAACCUAUAAUGAAUGCUAGAACUCGCCAUCAAAAAAUUCUUCGACGGCAAAUGUCGGAUCAUGAUUUAUCUCCCUUUAAUUUAACCCAAGAGCAGUUAGAGGACAUUAUAAUCCACGCAGCCCCUGUUACCAGGGGUAAUAGGAUGACUAUAGAUGAAGCAAAUGAAGUUAGUCAGGAGAAAGGAUAAAAAUACUGGGCUGUGGAUCUUACCUUAUUAUGGUGCAAUAACUUGAACUUUUCAUGGAAUGAAUCGUACACAUAUAUUUCUAUUUACUGUAAAUAAUACGAAACAAAUUAUAUAUUAAAUGCAAAACUUGUUUUGAA